AUGUCUGAACCAGUCGCGCCUCCCCAAGAAAAGACAUUUCGCAAGUUCAGCCACCAGCAAGGAGCCGAAUACGCACAGCACCGCCGAGAUUACCACCCCAAGCUCUACCAAACUCUCGUCGAUCACCACACCUCGACCGGCGGCCAAUUCGACACUUUGCUCGACGUCGGUUGCGGGCCCGGCCUCGCCGCGCGAGCUCUUGCUCCGCAUUUCCGCCAUGUCAUAGGAAUCGACCCUUCCGAGGGAAUGCUCAACUCGGCCAUCGAGCUUGGCGGGGAAUCUGCCAGCUCCGAACCUAUUCCCGACGGAAGCGUGGACCUUCUCGUGGUUUCGACCGCGGCUCACUGGUUCAACAUGCCCCUGUUUUGGGCGAGGGCCGCGCAGGUUCUCAAGCCUGGCGGCACAGUUGCCCUCUGGACGAACGGAUCGAUCAUCCGCCUCGACGACUACAUGGAGCCCGGAAACCGGCACAAUCGCGAACUCUACGUCAACAUGCAGCUCCCUUGGACCGUGCCCGAUCCCGUUACAGAGUUCGACAAGGAGUCCUUUGUGCGCAAGGAGUGGGGCACCGAUACCCCGGUCUCUGACCUGGAAAAGGUCAUGGCCACCACGAGCCCCGUUGCUCGAUGGCGUGAAGCGCACCCUGACGCGGCGAACACCGAAGAGGACAUUACGCGUACGAUGAGACGAGAGAUUGAGAAAGCUAUGCAUGAUGCUGGGGUGGAGGAGGGCAAGGAGCUGCUCUCGGGAACUGCCGCCGCUGUGAUGUUGAUUGUGAAGAAGAAAGCGUAG